AUGACGGCGUCAACACCCUCUACCGUGUCCCGCUAUACGCCCGCUAUAUUAUUCCUCACCGGUGUAUCGGCUGGAUACGCGGCAUAUCUCAUCUACAACACUAUCCAAAGUCCUGGCCUUGGCGAUGGCCUCCAGCGCAGCAAUGCGGUACGCAGACGGCGCCCACGAGAACCACCACCGGCACCCACCCUUCCACUGAACGAGCGCGACAUACCAUUUUUGGGGCGAUACGAUUUACUCGGUACCGAAGUACCCCUCGACCCUCGUAAUCUUAUCACGCCAACCGAGUUGCGUGACAUCAUCCUGGGUGUGCAGCCAGACGCCGAUGAUGAGACGAUAGGAAACGCCACCCGAAGCCUAUACAACGAGUUCUUCGAUCGACUGCUAGUCGUACUCUACCCAGAUCGGGCUCUGUCUCCAUCACAGGCGGACAACGUCGGAAUCUGGCUAAAUCACCGCAAUCCGAACAACAUAGCAUUGGAUCGUGCUGCACUAGCCCGCGCCGUGGCAAGGCAUGCGCAGAUAUUCCCUCCUAGCGACAACCCUGCUCUCGAUGAUGCUGAGAGCGUCGCAGCUACAGAUCUGUCGUUGGGGAGCGACGAGGACGCGGAUGAUGCUAUCGACCCGGAGGGCCAGACACUUCAGCGCACUCUAUAUCACAUUGCGGAAGAUCGUGCGAGGCUGGAAGGUGUCAUACAUCGUGGCAUCACGUGCAACGGCUGCGAUGAGAAGCCCAUUCGGGGAACCAGGUGGCACUGCGCAAACUGUCCAGACUUCGACCUGUGCUCCAACUGCGAAGCAACCAACUCGCAUUACAAGAACCAUAUCUUCUAUAAAAUUCGCGUGCCUGCCCCAUACCUGAGCCUACAGAAGCAAGAGUCCCUAUACCCUGGCAAGCCUCAUAUGAUGAGCCCUUCAAUCGACCCAGCACUCAAGAGACGCCUCGUAGCCGAGACUAAUAUGGAAGCUGAAGAGAUCGAGGCGUUGUGGGAUCAGUUCACUUGUCUCGCAGGGGCCGAGUGGGCAGCUGACAUCACGGGAGUAGGAUGGGCCAUAGAUCGACGCAACUUCAAUCACGCAUUCGUCCCUCGCUAUAACGGCUUCGUCGCUGCACCGAACCUCGUCUACGAUCGCAUCUUCGCAUACUAUGACACGGACAAGAAUGGGCUCAUCGGUUUUGACGAGUGGGUCAAAGGGCUUGAUGGCAUGCACGACACCGAUGUCGAUGUCAAGGCUAGAAUAGUUUUUAACGGAUACGACAUCGACGGAGACGGUUACAUAUCGCGCAAGGACAUACUGCGCAUAUUCAGGGCAUAUUAUGCGAUCGAAAAGGAGGCUACAAGGAACUACAUUUCGGAGCUGUCCGAUGAAGUGACUGUGCGGGCAGCUCUAGAUACGAUACGCUCUAGCCAGCCACUGGGCUCUGCAUUUCCGCCCCGCAGUAUGGCUGCAUCCAACACGAGCAACUCUCGCCUAAGGCAGAAGCGGGAAGAAGACGCGACAACGACACUGCCGCUGCUUGAACAGAACAGCGACGUGGCAGAUCGGGCUGAAAUAAUAGGAACAACAGGUAUCCAUCAUAUCGCACCCACGUAUUCACCACGAACGCCGGAUGAACAACAGGCCAACAUUGUCACUCAAAGAUGGGCUCGCAGACAAUACUACAUUGACGAAGAAGAGGGUUUAUCACGGCCCGAAGGUUUUGAGGAGUUAGCCGCUGAUGAGCUGGGGGCCGUCAAUGAGGCGAAUGAUACUGCUGAAGUCGCAGACACAAAUGAGGACUGGGCCCGCAACAGGAGCUCGCGAUCAUCGUCAAGAGUUCGCUUCCAAGAUGACGUGGAAAUCGACACACGCUCAAAUGCCUCAUCGUCCAGGCCGGUCGGAGAGCGAUGGGGUGGUUAUGAAAUACCCGAGCCUGAGCAGGACCUUGGCAAAGAGGUGUUAUAUCAGGUUACGCAACAAGGAUUCAACGAGUUACUCAACCCACUUUUCCUGGAGAAAGAGGAUAUGGCCAUGGACGCACAUGAGAAGCGCAGCGAGCGUCGAGCGAAGGCAGCCGCUAUCGAUGACCUGACCAUGCAUCACUUCACGGAGGGUAAGGCUGCUGUUGAAGCUAUUGUACAGGUUGGCGUUUUUCGAUUCUCGAAAUGCAUGAUCGACAAAUUCUGCAGGACGCUCAACAAUAGACGCCCAGACGCCAGAAACCUGUUUCGCAACCCUACCGAUGGCAAACCAUGUACUGAACAAGAGGCAUGCGCAGUGGUCCAAGAGGUCUACGACACCGUUGAAGAGAAAGUGCUCCAAACCGUGAAAACAUCCAGAAACACAAACGUCGACAACAUGACGAUGUGGAACACGUUGUUGGUCAGAUCCCAGCUUCGAAGAGAGGUUCUCAAUGCUGUCAUGGACUGUGUACACAACAAGGGAUGGCUGGCACCGCCCGCUGUAAAUGGAAGUCUGGCUGGUUCAUACAGAGACCCUACCAUGCCUCAAUUCCGACCAAACUCAUCCGAUCAUCCUUCAACAACAAUGUUACGGACUGUCUCCAAUAGCUCCUCAACCACCAGUGUAGCUUCCGAUACCGAUACAUCCUCACUAUCUUCAGACGAAGAUAUGGUCCUAGAGCGUUGUUUCUUUGUGACCCCAGGCCACGACGGCCUGGAACAUAACCCAGAGCGAAGAGAUGUUGGCGAGACAGGUUCUCUAGCACCCGAAGCUAUGAAUUCUCCUGAGGAGGCUUCCCAACUCGAGUCUUCGACGGCACAUCAAGAAGCAGAGGACCCUUACACGAUCAAUUGGCGAUGGUACACCGACAACCCAGAAAUCCACUAUCUUUUCAUUCACAACUCAGAAGGCGUUGACACGUUUAUGUGCGCGCGUAAUCAGAUCAAUCAUUCCACGAAUCCACAUUACACUGAGACGAAUCAACUUAAGCCGUUACAACGCUCGAUCCGCCAGCUCGCUAUGGAUCCGAGGUCGGGUCUUCACCUCAUCAUGCUAGCCAGUCUUGAGGCUGUCGAGCAGGAGAUCAAUGAACGGAAGGGAAGCGGUCUCAUCAACUUCGAAGAGUUUGCGGAGCACAUGAGGCAGGGCAGGUUGGGUUUUCUCCAGGCCUGGAUGGAAUGGGUAAGCAUGUGA